GCAUUGGGCCCUAGCAUGCUGAUUCUCUCUCUCUCUCUCUCUCUCUCUCUCUCUUCAGGUCUCUCAUCAGCACUGCUGGAAAUGCACGUAGGAAAUGUCUCUGUCUCUUCAGUUCAAGGACAGCAGGUGGUGCUGCCAGUCUGGUAUAAGAGCAGCUCUCAGAAGAAACCCUAUAUCUUAUGGGUCUUCGAAAGACCUGGAGCCAGUCGAUUGCAGAUAUUGACAUACAUUAAUGGAAUUAUAAAAGUGGAGGAGACAUCCCUGAAGCACCGGAUUGGUUUUGUGCACCCCGUGCCGCACUCUAAUGUUUCCAUUUUUAUCAACAAUACCCAGGAGGUAGAUUCUGGCCAAUACGCAUGCACAGUCAAUGUGGAGGAUGAUAGCGCCAUCGAUGGGAAAAAUAUUGGACUCAUCAACCUUACAGUUUUGGUUCCUCCAUCUGCUCCGACAUGCCAGAUCAAUGGGAGCCCCUACGUCGGGGGCAACAUCACCAUGAGCUGCAAGUCACCCUCCGGCAAACCUAUCCCCAAGUACCGAUGGGAGCGCACUGCGCCCACAUCCCAGCACUUCAUCGAGCCAUUUCAGGACCCCAUAAGUGGGAACCUCAUGUUGAAAAAUCUUUCAAGAGAGAUGUCUGGAACGUAUGUCUGCACAGCAAAAAACAAUGCUGGUGUCUCCAAGUGCAACAUAACCCUGGAGGUGAACUCAUACAACAAUGCAGCUGUGAUCGCUGGAGCUGUCGUGGGGUGUCUCAUUGGAAUUGGCUUAAUCACUGUAUGCAUUCUGCAAUUUUUCGUGUGCCGAAAGAAAAAGAAAAAUACACAGGAGGAAAUGGCCAAUGAGAUCAAGGAAGAUGCUGUUGCUCCAAAGACACUUUCUUGGGCUAAAGGUUCUGGUUCAGACACUGUCUCCAAAAAUGGUACCUUGUCUUCAGUGAACACAACUCGGGACCACAAAUUGUACAUAUCCAAGCCUGUCUCAGACACAGCCUCCAUCAUCACUGCUGCUGGCAGCACUGUGGGCUACAAGCCCCAGUACCCCACCGUAAGGAGUGGAACUCUAACACCCACUCCCAGCUUAUCCAGCCAGUCCCUGCCUCUCUAUUUCCCCCCUGUGAUGAAUGGCAACCAUUACCAGAACACUGUGCCAAGCAACAGAAAUGCCCUCCACAGGACAAAUGGACCUCAGCUACAGCCCCCCCAGCAAGAGCCUGCGGUGCCUCAAGGGCUCACCACCUCCACCCUUGCUAGAAUGGGUGCAGUGCCAGUCAUGGUGCCAGCUCAGAGCCACGCAGGGUCACUGGUGUAAGCAUCCAACAGCUUGUGCACCCUCUGUACAGAGAAAAGGGUCUGAAAGUGGCCAUUUAUCCUUACCAAAGUGGACAGUUGGGGAAACAGAAGGGCAAAGCCACUUGCUUCCUGCUCCAUGCUCAUGCAUAUAUGAGAUGUGUGAGGGGAGCAGUUUACAUGGCAUUUCUGUGCUGAAAUUCCCAAGGAACAGACUGCCUUAGACACCCUCUGGACACAGCAAAUACCCCUGCAGCCUCA